UACGUUCCAGCUUUCUUAUUGAUACUGUUAGAGGAUUUAUUAUUCCUGUGUUCCAGUUGAUAGCUUGAUUGUUUAAACUAUUGCUGACUUCGAGUUCUAUACCAUCGUGUGACAGAGCUCUUGUUACGACGUCAUGAUGCACUGGUUGCGUAUGUCGUCGGUUUCCACAAACCCACGGUACUAUCGAUCAUUAAACGGGCUUGGAGGAUUGGCUGACGUGGCAGGUACCUGCUCGUUGUUUGACGUCAAUAGCAACACUGACGUCACAGACUACCCUGUGCACGUUAAGAGUGGCUGAUCAAAUAUAUUGUCAUGAUAGAAAGGAUUUCCCGCAAUCGAGCAAGAGACGAGGAUCUGAGUGGACCAACAGAUGAGCAGGAGCUCAGAUGCAUUAUUUUGUGGACGACAUAUCCUCUCAAUCUGGCUGGUCGACAUCCACUGUUUACAACCAUCGUUCUUCUACCCUGAUUCUUAGUUCUCUAAUGUUCCUGCCACAGGUUGGUCCUUCAUCUUAGAUAUAUGUGCUAUAAAGGGCAAAUCAGUUCUGAUGUUUGAUAAUAACACUAUAGUUUUUAUUUUACCUACGACAACAGGUUAGAUUCGUUCAGAUGUAAUCUGUUCAACCUGUAUUUAAUGGUACACGUUUUACACGUGAAAUUUAUCACGUGCGCGUAAGAAAGCAACAGCGAGUAUGCACUUGUGUUGAAGUUUAUUGUAGUCUACUCAACGAAUCGUUAUUGUCACCCUUUAGGCUUUGACUUUCAACAAUAAUUCUUAAAAAAAUAAAUAAUGGGCUUUACGAUGUCAACAGUUCGGUGACGGUCUCAGUACACGUAAUGUUUCACUGACUUAGAUCAUUUUUCUUAUCAACGAUUGAAGACGUUUCAUAUUCCACAUGACAUUCUCAACAAAUAUGAUCAAAACGAAUCCAGUUUUCCAGUUAACAUUCCGGAUAAACAAAGAAUCAUCAAGUUAUCCAGAUUUUGCAGCAAUCUGAACAGUAAAGAAUUUAACCUUGUCGUUUAUACGUUUUCACUUUUCUGAGAUAUUGAAAGUAUUUUACAAAUAAAAUCUUGGAAAUAACACGAAUGAUGGGAGAAUAGACUCCAAAGACGGCCAGUCUUCCAUCCCAAGAACUAAAAUCAAGUUGCUGCCAGAGACCGCAAUGCUAUUACUUCAUCAACCUCAGGAUACUCGCUUCGGUUCAACUGGCAGCCUCCUGGUUCCAGAGUACGACAUCCUAUCUCCAGAAGAAAGUUUUUUUGGAGAAGAAUAUAAGUUUCCAUCUGAAGACUUGAAUUGUACUACUGAUAGCUUGGAGGCACAGCUAGGUAGCAGUAUUUACUGUACAGACGACACGAUGCAAUCUAGAUUUUCAGAAGCAGCCUAUGAAAUCAAUAACACAAACCUGCAUUGCCUUACUACCCUUUCUUCUUGUGUCACUGUUACCGCAUCUGUGACACUUCCCAGUUUCCAAGAAACAUACUCUCCUAGGUACCGCCGAGACGUCUCUCAACAAGGAGUGUUUUCCUUCAAGUUUGGAGAUCUCUCUCCACAGGAUAUGGAAUCCCAUGGGGCACAAGAAAUGUUCCAAGAUUCUUUAGGAAAUCCAAUAGAGAACGUCGCUUCUCAGUAUACCACUUUUCCUGUUGUACAACCUCUUGAAACAGAAACUAACUUUUACAAAAGCGAAUGCUCCUCUCAGAUGCCACCCAAUUCAACAAGAGUCCAACUAUCUCCUUCGACUUUUAUGCUACCUUCCUAUUCUUGUAAUCAGAGAACAAGUUCCGACUCAACUUUUCAACAGAUGUUGUUUGCUCAGGAUGAUGCACUCCUGUCUCCGCCAUACCAACAUAAUACUUUUCCUUCCUUGCUUGAUAUGCCCGCAUUACUGAAUGCAAGCAAUUUUCCUUUGAAAACACAACCAUCUUCCGAUAAUAAGGUGUCAUUUCAAAGAAGUCUUUCAUCACCACUACCAAGUAUUACCAGAAGAGGACGCAAAAGGCCAUCACUGACGAUCUCCUGUCCCCCGCCAUUAGAUAUAAGUUAUGGCGGACAACUACAGACUUCUACUACCCCAUCUACCCCCACAGUAACCUCUUCAUCAAUCCGGUCUUUUUCGAAGGACUCAUUUCCCUCUUCCUCCCAGAUGUGUGCUGUUUGUGGUGAUAACGCCGCCUGCCAGCACUAUGGUGUAAGAACCUGUGAAGGAUGUAAGGGGUUUUUUAAGAGGACUGUUCAGAAGGGAGCAAAGUAUGUGUGUUUAGGAAAUCGGGAAUGUCCUGUGGAUAAACGUCGUCGGAAUCGUUGUCAGUUUUGUCGCUUUCAGAAGUGUUUAGCUGAAGGAAUGGUAAAAGAAGUUGUAAGAACAGAUAGUUUGAAAGGUCGUCGUGGUCGCCUGCCAUCCAAACUUAAGUCCCCACAAGGGUCACCACCAUCGCCACCAAUAAGUCUAAUCACAGCUUUGGUUAGAGCCCAUGUAGACACAACACCUGACAUCGCCAAUCUUGAGCUUUCGUCGUUUCGUGAGCCAUUAAAAGUAGAAAGUCCGUCGACAGAUAGCGAUAAAGUUCAACAGUUUUACAAUUUGCUGAUAUCAUCACUUGAUGUCAUACGUGUCUUUGCAGAAAAGAUACCUGGUUUCAAAGAUCUAGAUGAGAGUGACCAAGAAUUAUUAUUCCAGUCAGCGAGUCUAGAAUUAUUUGCGUUGAGACUAGCUUACAGAAUUAAACCUGAAGAAAAUAGAAUCACGUUUUGCAAUGGUGUAACCCUUCAUACAGAGCAAUGCCGACGAGGUUUCGGAGAUUGGUUGACUGCAAUUUUGGAAUUCUCACAAGCAUUGCACAACAUACAACUUGAUAUUUCUGCUUUUGCUUGCUUAUGUGCCUUGACUCUGAUAACAGAGAGACAUGGGCUAAAAUAUCCUCAGAAAGUCGAACACCUCCAAAUGAAAGUCAUCAAUUCCUUACGGGAUCACGUGACGUAUAACAAUGAAGCUCAGAAGAAACCAUAUUAUUUUCCGCGGAUUUUGGCAAAACUACCAGAAUUGCGUACACUUAGCGUUCAAGGACUUCGGCGUUUGUUUUACCUUAAAAUUGAAGGUCUAGUUCCGGCGCCUCCUCUUGUAACCAAGAUGUUUGUGCUUAAUUUUCCUUUUUGAACCAAACACUCUCCGGAGCACGCUUAACUCGUUUAGUGGAACUUCAGUCUCAGUAACAGACUUUGAUAUUACCAUUUUCACCACACUGAACAGACUCCCGUGGACAAAAGAAUUCUACUAAAAAUGUAUUCCACUCCGAAGAAGAAGCUAUUUAUUUCGUUAAGAGGAAAAAAUAUAUAUAAGAGUAUGAUGUAGCAUUUAAAUAAUAUUCCAAAGGCAAGUAAAAUUAAGAAAGGAAAGUGAAGAUGUAUAGUACACCAGCAAAGUUGAUUAACUCUUCUACUGGUAGUGUACUAAGCUAUCCAAAACCAUCUUCCGACGUACACGUAUGGUUGAACUAACACCACACUAACAGUUUCUCUAACACUAAGGAUUGGUUCAUUGGAUGGACAGAUGAACAACAACAAAAAUAUUUCUUAAAAAUCAUGAAAAGCAUCAUGUAUUUAUCACUAGUGAUUUUAUGAAAACGUUUCUUAAUCAGCCAAACAUUGAAUGUGCAUUUUUUCUUAUAUAAGCCAAACACUGAUGUACAUUUAUUAUGGGAGUGAUUAUAGACGUGCUAGUCAUCUGUUUUAAUGUAAGACGUUAAAUUAUAUUAUUAUAAUUGAAAACUUGCCAUAUAUCCAUGUGUUAAUUUUGUUUAUAAUAAUUCAAUGUACAUGUGUUAAAUAUAGAAAAUUUUAACCUGAAUAGGCUAAGGCAUUUUAAAAACAGAAUAAACAAGACUUUUACAGUUCAUUCUAUGUUAUAAAGGCUGAGGUUUACUUAUUGAAGCAGUGUGACUGCUGUAUUGUUUCAUCUAAAACAAAACACAAAAAAUUCAGUAUGAAAUACUGAUUACAGUUUCGGCAGCUUUACAUGUUGAAUAAUACCUGUGUGUGUUGUACAUAAUCUUGAACCGAGGUGCUACUGCUACUUAAGGAGAUCUAUAACCUUUUCAAUUUAUUUAGUUUCAUUCUGUAUGUAUUAUUCUUAUGCAGAAAAUUCUCCUUGAAACUAAAGUUUUUUACUUAUUGUAAUACGUUUCCUUAUAAGUUUAUACGUUUUUUUCAAUGUUGUUGAUUUGUAGUUUAUAUUUACUGUUUGUCCUUUUUUAUGGCAUGCCCGAUUUCAAGUUUUUAUAUUCUUUAAGAAUUUGAAACUGGUCAUCCAAAAGAAAAGAAACAGACGAUGAUUUUCAAACGAUCAAUGAAAAACGAUGAAUAUUGUUGAUUUUUUGUUGAAUGAUUUAUCUAUGAAGUGUUUUUGAUGUACCUUUUUGCCUAUUGUACUGUACUUUGAAUGUACUUCAAUAGAAAUUAGUGAGCUAAGA